GGACGAAAAAAAAAAUUAUGCUGUUUGUUGAUCAAUUCUCAUGUCUCUCAUAAAUUCAGAUUAUAAUUAAAUUAAAUUCGAGAUAGUAAUUUUAUAAUAUUAAAUUUAACUAACGAUACUGAGGUAUACGUCUUGUACUUCACCAAAAUGACUCUUUAUCAUUUUGGAAAUUGUGUAGCAUUAGUAUACCUUCCAUAUCACAUGGCCUACAAAUUUUCAGGAAUAUCUGAGUAUUCAACCUUUUCAAAAUGUGUGUAUGCUGGAGGGCUAUACAUUUUUACCCAAUUGUGCAAAAUGCUACUGCUAGCAACAUUUUUUCCUGAUUAUGAUACCAAUAGUUCCAGUGGCGAGUAUAAUAUAUUUUUGGAAAUUCUUAAAGCCACAGUGGACUCAGCUGAUCUACUGGGCAUUUACUUUGCAAUUAAUUCUGUGCCUGGCAAAGGCCAUUCUAAGAUAUUAACCUCUGCAAUUGGAUGGGCAAGUGCUGAAGUCAUUGUAACUAGAAGCAUCAUGUUGUGGGUGGGCGCUCGAGGAUCUGAAUUCGACUGGAUCUAUAUACGCUCAUGUGCUGAGUCUAAUGUAGCCCUUCUACAACAUGCUUCCACUGCUGCACUUGUGUGGCUCUGGAGUCGAAGUGAUCUACCAAAGAAGCACACCCCCAUUGUUAUUACACUACUUGCCUUAUCUCCAUACAGAAGUCUGCUAGAAGAUGCAGUCGCUAGUUUAUUAUCACUCAGUGCCUGGUCUUUGUUGGCCAUUCGUGCGAUUCAUGCUUCCACUGUUGGUCUUACUGCCCUAGCCAUGUAUGCAGUUAUUUCUCAGCAAAUAGGAGCUUGAAUUCUGUAUAGUUGUUUAGUGUUAUUUAUUUACAUAAUUAUUAUUAGAAAUAAUAAGGACUUACCCCCUUAUUUUUAAUGGUCCAUUAACUUUAAACAGCCGCCUAGGAGUGUUUUAUUCUCAUUGUGACUUAGGUCAAUAGAAGAAGACAGAGUGAGAAUUAGCAAUGCUUUAAGUUAGCAGACUAUUAUGAAUAAGGGGUUAAGAAUAAAUUCCAAUAUCUGUUGUAUUAGAAAUAAAAUCUAAUCCUAAUAAUAGUAAGUUUAUUGUAUUUUUAUGGCUGAAUAAUUAAACAUUGGUUGAA